CCCGGAGGGCCGAGGGGUGGAGGCGCGCGGCCUCCCGCGGGCCCCGGGUCGGUAGGCGGCGGCCGUGGCGCCUCCCUCCCUCCACGUCGCCCGGGCCUCACCUGGAUCCCCGCGGUGCCACGACCCCCUGCACCUUCACGGGACCGCAGCCUGAUGCACCUGAAAGCCGUUCCCAUAUCCCCCGACGCUCCCAGUGCAAACCGGACCGCCCCACUGCAUCUCUCCAGGGCUCUCCCCCAACUCUGCACUUGGCCCGAUUGUGUAAUCAACAACAUAGCAGUGGCUGUUGGAAAAGAAGCUAAACUCUACCUGUUCCGAGCCCAGGAAUGGCUAACGCUGCAGGAGAGCAGCCCCGGUUACAGCUGCAGUGAACGGUUAGCCAGAGCCCAGCUGACAAUGACAGUGAACCAGACUGAGCACAACCUCACAGUGUCCCAGCUCCCCGCCCCCCAGACGUGGCGCGUGUUCUAUGCAGACAAGUACACCUGCAAGGAUGACACGGACAGUCCCCAGGCGGAGGACAUCCCCUUUGAAAUGGUGCUCCUCAACCCGGAUGCCGAAGGGAAUCCACUGGACCAUUUUAGCGCCAGAGAAUCUGGGCUCCACGAGUUCUUCUUCCUCCUAGUCCUAGUGUACUUUGUGACUGCGUGCAUCUAUGCGCAGUCACUGUGGCAGGCGAUGAGGAAAGGAGGGCCCAUGCACACCAUCUUAAAGGUCCUCACCACCGCACUGCUGCUGCAGGCUGCUUCAGCCUUAGCUAAUUACAUUCACUUCUCCAGGUACUCCAGGGAUGGAAUAGGGCUGCCUCUCAUGGGAAGCUUGGCAGAAGUUUUUGACAUUGCCUCCCAAAUUCAGAUGCUGUACCUACUUCUGAGCCUGUGCAUGGGCUGGACAAUUGUCCGCAUGAAGAAGUCUCAGAGCAGACCACUGCAGUGGGACUCCACCCCCGCGUCCACGGGCAUGGCCGCCUUCAUUGUGAUCACACAGAGCGUUUUGCUGCUGUGGGAGCAGUUUGAAGACACCAGUCACCACAGCUCGCACUCACACCUCAGCCUAGCCGGCGUCUUGCUCAUCAUCUUACGGAUUUGCCUAGCGCUGUCGCUGGGCUGUGGACUCUAUCAGAUCAUCACGAUGGAGAGGAGCACGCUCAAGAGAGAGUUCUACAUCACGUUUGCCAAAGGCUGCAUCCUGUGGUUCCUGUGCCAGCCAGCACUCGCGUGCAUCGCUGUCUUUUUCAAUGACUACCAAAGAGAUAAGGUUAUCACAGUAGGUGUCAUCCUUUGCCAGGCUGUGGCCAUGGUCAUUCUGUACAGACUUUUCCUGUCCCACAGUCUUUACUGGGAGGUCUCCUCACUCUCCUCAGUAACACUACCCCUCACCAUCUCGUCUGCACACAAAGGGCGCCCCCAGUUCUGAUGCUUGAACUCUGUUGAAGAACAAGUGGAUGGGGAUGUGCAAUAGGAUCCAGCGCGGUGGGUGCCGCUGUCUCGUGCCCUUGCUGUGGAGGCAGAGCGUCUUAUAGAAUGGAAUGUCAGCCGUGUCAGCAGAAAGUAAUCAGUGUUCUGGAGGGGACUCAGUGAACGUCCAAGGUGACUGAAGCUUUCCAUGCGGAGAUAAAUGUGAAAGAGACUGCUUAGGUUACAUGUGGGCCAGGUGGCCGCACUCCCAUGCCUCCUCAGUAGCAGCCUCAGGCCUGAUCGUCUUACAGUAUUCGCCGAAACGAUACUUGCCCUGUGUGUCCAGCUAGCCCAGUUAGGAGAUCAGUGUGAUGCACUGAUUCUAAAACUACUUCUUAUGCUUUAAAGAACAUGCAUUUCAAAUUACAAUUUAAAGGACUUGAAAGUGAAAUUACUUGAGGAAAUAAAUAGAAAAUAUGUUAACAGUUACAUGAAUUAGCUUUUGUUCAUUCAUGGGUGGAGUUAUUCUGCAAUUUCUUCUUGUAUUGUUGGCCCUGCUUCAGGUUUAUCUUGAUUGGGAAAGGAUUCUGGAUAAUGUGUGGGAAAUCGUGGAUACGUUACAUUGGUUGUAAGAACAGAGGGUUUUAAGUCUGAGGACGUGGGUAAGGGACAAGCAGGGUUUUGUGUUUAAAAAGAAAGAAGGAAAACGUAGUAUGUGGUAUGGCACUGAAAUUUUAAUCCCGAGAUAAUUCAUUUCUCUUACACUGAAUCCCCAAUCAUAAUUAAGCUGUAGACAUAGAUUAAAUUAACAGAAGCAUUUCACAUGAAUGUUGGCUUCAGUCAUCAACUACCCAUGAAUUCCUGCCCAAGGAUACUUAAUCAGGAUUAAAUUUUCUAUGAAUAAUUGAAAAACAAAAUACUCACUGGAUCUGUUAUAAUCCAUGUUGGCACUGGAUUGUAAGUAGUUGCCAUCUUGAAUCCUUUGUAAUAAAGCCGUGUGUGUGUACAUGUGUGUGUGUGUGUGCGCGUGUGUGUGUGUGUGUGUGUGUGUGUGUGUGCAUGUGUGCGUGUGUGAGACCCCCCAAACUAAGGAUGCUGGCUCUCUGAAAACAUUCCUGGUUAAAGAGCCUCUGCGUAGUAGCCAGUGCUCGCUGCGCAUUGGUAUUUGUGAAGUUGUUUGAACCUUUUGUUUACUUUUGGCGAAUUUUAAAUAUUUCUGCCUGCCUACCAUAGUUUUAGGCAGCAGGAAGUGGUGCAGUUACCUGUAGUUGAGUUUUUAGUGAAAGCACUCAGGGAAUGGAGCACAAUGGAGAAGGCGUGGCUUUGCCUUCGUUUUUCCUUGCUGUAGUUUUAGUGAAAAUGAAAACACGCUGCUACAUUUUAAGACAAAAUGUGUUUCAGUUGGCAAAAUGACAAAGUAAUGCAGUCCGGCCCGUGAUGAAAACAUUUCUACAAGUUACACUUUGUUCAAGUACAGGUCGGUUAAGCUAAAAACUACACAAGAAACCCUGUCUUGAAAAACAAAACAAGCAAAUGAAGGAACCCAGGAGUGAAGCCUUCGGUAAAGCCUGUUGCCUGGGAGCAGUGAGAAGGGAGUGGAGAGCAGAGGACAGACAGCAGGACGUGGGCUCCACUCUCGCCGCUGUGCACAGCGUGUUAACAGGGUGUGUGAUUGUUUCUAAUAUAUUUAAUGUUUGCUAAUCAUUUCUAUGUUACUGUCAGAGAUUACUAAGUCAAGAAAAAUAGCUGCUAAGGAAUGAUCAGAACUGUCCUCACCUAACAAGCCCAAGGAGAAAAGGAUUUCAUGCCAUAAUGGUAUCUGUUUUCUUUUCUUACUCAAUACUCUAAAUUACAUCCCCUCAGACAACGCCUUUGAAGUUUUUAUGUUCUUUUUCCUUUAAAGAUCGUAUGUGGAGGCCCCCCUCCUAUGAAGAAGCACUUGUUUUUUAUUUAAGAGAACAGGAAGAUGUUUGAUUUUAUUGGCAUGUAUACUAAUGUGAAUGCCCACUGUACAUCAGACAUUUUAACCUCAGUGUGACUAAACCAGCCACUCAUUGAACUGAGUGGGGAUAAAUAAAUGUUUCUCUGAAGCUCA